GCCGACACAAACCAUUCCGCUCACCGUCUGCUGCGCUGGCUGCAGGGUUCACAGCCCCCAAAGAGGAAUGCAUGGCAAAAUCCACUGUCCACUGCGAGUUUUCUAUUGGAAACUCGCCUUUUAACGAGAGCGUUUCGAUUUAGACCAUGACCACUCCCGUCCUGAGCUAGGUAAAGGUUAUUCAGACAUGUCCCACCAGCAGCGGCUCGUCCAGCUCUCCGGAGCUUCGCUUGCCGUGGUCUUCGGCCCGGACGAGGAGAGUUUACGCGCCGUCGAAGGGAAGCCCAUCGCUCCGAGUGGCCAGGAGAUCUUUGCUGAUUUUAAAGCCCAAAACUCGCGCAGUUUCUGGAAUAAGAGACUCGUUAAGGCCAUGGCGGAGGUGCACUUUCAGGGAUGGAUGGAAAACUUGGUGCUUUUCAUUCAAGGGAACUCAAACAACUUGGAGGUGCUGAGGGAAGCAUGGAUGCGCAGGGCUCUGAGGUCACCAAAGGGAUUCAUCAUUAAAGCUGUUGGUGACCUCUCCCCAGUGCAGAUGUCCCCGGUUCCUCAGUCGCAGUUCAUUCCCUUGGCUGAAGUGCUGUGCUCUGUCAUCUCCGACAUGAACUCUGGCCAGAUAAUCGUCACCCAGGAGGCGCUUGUCAACUACAUGAGCAAAGCCCAUCCAGGGAUAACCAUUCCCACUCAGGACAUCCUCUAUAAUGCACUUGGAACUCUGAUCAAGGAGCGCAAGAUUUACCACACCGGCGAGGGCUACUUCAUUGUCACUCCUCAGACAUAUUUCAUCACCAACAACAUGGUUCGAGAGAAGAACUGGUGGACCUCUGGUUCAAUAGAUGACCCUCCUUUGACCCCUCCUGUUACUUACCUUUUGAGCAAUGAAGUCUGUGUUGAGGGCACUCAAACAGUCCCUGUCGCCCACUGCAGGUCAUGCAGCUGUUUUAGCCCUCAUCAAAAUUCCCCCAACACCACUGCCGCCACUGAAACGGCCACCGUCCCUCCCUCCACUGUUCCCGACCAGCAUUCUGUGUCUGUGUCCAUAAGCGAAUGCACGGGAAGAAGCCUAAAGUGGCCCCGGGCAUCAGAUCAUAAACCCUCAGUGCAGCAUCAGUCCACAUCCACAGCUGCUGAUUGCCAAGCUAGCGAGAUCAGCAAAACAACAGCCACUACAAAUGCCACAAAUCGUAAAGAAAAGGAUAAACCCGUGAGGAAGUUUGGUCUCAGCUUGUUUAGGAGGAAUGGAGCUAAAAAGGAGAAGCCAAAGAAGGAGUAUGCAUCAUUUUCAGGUCAGUUCCCUCCGGAGGAGUGGCCUGUAAGAGAUGAGGAAGACUUGAACAACUUGCCCCGAGACCUGGAGCAUGCCAUCAUCAAACGCAUCAACCCUGAACUGACUGUGGACAACCUGACACGGCACACUGUCUUAAUGAAGAAACUGGAGGAGAGAAGGGAAAGGGGAGUGGAUAAGAUUCUGGAUCGAGGUCUGGACAGCGAAGACAAGGGAGUCAACAAGGGAAUGUCAACUGACAUCCUAACUUAUUCCAAACACAGGCAUCACCACUUGUCUAAAGCCAAUGGAGGGAAAAGAUUGCCUCAGAAGGUUUCUCGUAACAAGAGGAGGGUCCACUCAUCUAGAGAAAAGCAAAGGGAAAGGGACAAAGACAAGAUUAAAAGCAAGGCCCCCAUAUGUUCUGACAUUUAUCCAGAUGAGGAGGAUUUGAUUCCAACAAGGCUUAAAGGAGAAAUCUCUGCUGAUGCUGCAGAUCAAGUAGAGGAGCCUGGGAAUGUUGAGGGAAAGAGUCUCUACAAGAAACGCAUUGAUAAUCCUUUCCAGACUCAUCCAAUCAAGGAUGCUGAGAACAUAGCUCCCACCAACAGGGAGCACAGAAGGCGAGAGGCCAAAGAAGUCAAAGAGGGCAAAACAUCUGUGUCUACAAGAAAGGAACGAACUAGUCACCGCUCCAAGUCAUGGGACCCUCAUCGGGCAAAACUGAUGGCAGCAGAAGGAGAGAAUGGCCUGAAAUUCCCUUCGUCUGAGGACAGAUACGACUGUGACCAUGAGACAGACUUUGUUGCUGAACAUCUGCUCCAGCCAGACAACAAGGUCAGUAGAGAGCUUGGUUUGGAAUACAGCUCAGCAUAUCUACAUGGCAGCACGCUCAGGAUAGAUGACAAAAUUCGGCGUCAAGAUGAACAAAGCAGCAAGGAGAUUUGGGAGAGAGAGGGCAAAAAGGGAUAUUUUCAAGGUGUCCAACAGUACAAAAAUGUACCAGACCAAGGCAAAAUAAAAGAUGACAGCCUCACUAACAUCCAGCAACACUCCAAUAUGACUACUGUUUGCCCUACCUAUCCAUAUCAGUCUGCAAUAAACCCUGCACAUAAUCCAGAUCUGCCAUGGCCCAAGCCCUCUUUACAGCGGAAACACUCCCUACGACUUUCCACUCAACAAAGGGAUAAUAUUCCAAAGCCAAAGGAUCUCUCUGUGACUAUUGAGGAUCAGCAGGAGAUCCGAUCAGCCAGCAGAACCAUUAACAGUGGAGAUGUUCUGGAACUGACCCCUGACAGUACACCACUAAUAGCAAACAGUGAAGGUUUAGUAGAGGAUGAUUGUAGGCUCUAUGAGGCAGCAGAUGGACCAGAAGAGGAAGAUGCCUGCAGCUCCCUGUGUCUGAACACCGAGGAGAUGAUUGAUGCAGAUGAUAAUUACCGAACUGGUAUUGCAAACUAUCACCAGCUGGUUUACAAUAACCAUGAAGCUAAAACCCAUCAACAUUCCUAUUACAAAGUUAUGUUUCAACAACCGCAAGCUGCUUGCAAACAAGACUCAACAGACAGCACUUUAACAGAUCUAAUUACUCCCAUGAUCCAGAGAGAAGCUUCCCUGUUAGCCACAAGACCAGCAGAGAGCAGCUGGAGACCGCAUCAUCAAAGAACUAGAUCACCAGGGAUGUUCUGUGAGCAAAGUCCUGCGAGAGGUCUAUUGAUCCAGGAGGAGAAGGGAUGUGGUCCUAUUCUGGAUGGAAACUGUUCAGAGGUAUGUGAAGCUGCAGACAGCAGCAUCUUUGACUACUGCCAGGCUAGCGAGCUCGAAUCAGACUCAGAGACUGUCCGAAAAUCAGCCGACGAAGGUGAGGGCGAGUCUGCGCACUGGGCUGUGAAUGUGCAGGAAGUGCGGCAGGAUGGCUUUGAUGAGAAUAGUGUUCCUCAGACCCACAAAGUCAUCCAGAGCGCACCAACUGGGGCCAGAAGAGCAGAGGAAAUGGUGGAGAACCAGAGCAUCACUGGAGACAGUGGAAUAGAUUCCCCUCGGACCCGUGUCAGCCUUGCAUCGAGUAACACUGUGAUCCUCGAAGGUCUCAAGAGACGGGGCUUCCUGCAGAACCUGGAGAAGCUGCAUUCAAAGAGCAGCACUAUCCGACCACAGAGCUCACUGCUACAGCUAACUCCUGUCAUGAACGUAUAGCAGAUCCUUGGUAAAGCAAUGCUGGUCACUCUUCUCAAAAAGGCUUAAAUGAUAUGCUUGCUGUAUGCACAUGCAUAGACGAGGAUCUGCACUUUGCUGCCUACCUCCCCAUAUGGACACCUAUGACAACACAGGUGUGUAAAAAUGUACAGUGAACACAAUAAAUGUAAAUAGACUUAAAUUCUGCUAAGAUAUAUCCAGACUUACUUGUGUAUGUGCUGUUAUAGUUUGUAUUGUAUGCAAUAUAAAUGCUUUUGUUUCAUUGUCCAAUUAGCUCAAAUGUGUAGAAAAUCACAUGUCCUAGUUUUUCAAUUUUGUUCUUGAGUUACAAAAAUAAAAUAUAUUGUAUAUUCACCCAGAUUUCUUUUGUUUCAUGAUACAUGUAUGGACUUUAUACACAACUUGGUAUUGAUCCUUUUAAGAAUCUGUCUGAGAACCCCAAAACAAAAGAUAAUGUUGGGAUUAUUUUUCUUUUUUUCCCCCCAGUUUGGUGUCAUGACAUUGUUAUUUAUUUUUUGUAAAAAAAGAUUAAAUUAAUUUUUUAAAUUGCACUACUUUAUGUAAAUGGAUUCCAGAAAUAGCUUAACUGGUAAGAGCUUCUUUGCUUAUUUUUGUGUGCCAUGUCCAUUUCACCCAUUCCUUCUGCUAAUACUGACUUAAAAGCAUGAUCAGCGUAAAAUUUGUAUAGGCAGAACAUUAUUCUGCUUCUUGAGAACUGAGCACCUUCUACAAUUAGCAAAACUUUUAAUGCCCUUUGAAGAUUUUGUUAUAAUACAAACAACAAUCUUGAGUAUAUGAAGAUGAAGGAUAUGGUAUAUGUGGAAACAAGACAAGACCACCCACCUAAGCCGACAAGAUGAGCAAAGAGCAAUAAUCAAAGAAACAGAAAAAAUUGGCCCACAGUGACUCUGGAGGAGCUGCAGAAAUUUACAGCUGGGAGUAACUAAAUCUAAAAAAAACGUAGCCUUUAUGCAAGAAUGGCAAGAAAAAUGCUAUUGCUGAAGGAAUAAAACAUGUUGAAAAAGAGUGGGUGAAUCUAUCCUAAACAUACAGUUAAUGCUACAACGUAAUAGCUUAGCUCCUCUGCUUUGGACUAAAUUCAGCCUCCAGCUGUGAAGAAAUGUAAACCAUUGUGUUGUUUAGUUCAUGUAGGAGACAUGUUGUUCUUUUUUAGGUCAAAGGUAAUUCCCCAAGAGGCUUCACGCCUAUUCAAUCAGAGCUUUUACUCACCGAAAUUAAUGCCGUUUAUAGUUUUAAGACAAAGCUGUAAGAAACUCAAGACUGUUUGGCAUGCUUGACGGUAAACAGCGGCGCCAUGUGUUUAAACAGUGUAAGUGCAGGUUCAGUAAAUAAUUUUUGGUAUUUGUGACAAUAAUGCAUAAUUAUUUUAGUACUACUCCAGACUGCAUUAAUUCAACACCAUGAGAGAGAGUCAACAACCUUUAUUUAUCCAUAUAUGUGCCACUCAGAUGGGGAAGAUGUGUUACAGGCUUUACCCUUAAUAGUCUAUAUGGAUCUUUUACACCACUUUCUCAAUGAGGCCAUUGACAAAAAAUAAAAUAAAAAUCAAAACGGGGAAUAAAACAAUAUAGUUGUAACAGUGUAAACACAUUGCAAUAUACAUGAAAGCAAAAAAAAAGGUGACAAAUUAAAAUGUAGGGUAAGUUAAUGAGUAAGAACUAAAAAAAAAAAAAAAAUCCUGAAAACCCUAACUUCUCAAAUAACAGCUGGGCAUACAUUUCUACAU